AAACCCGCUCGGAAACCCGCCUGGCGUUCCCAGAGGCCCCUGCAGCCGGUGGCACUGACGGUGUCCCCACAGUCACACAUCCACAUGCACGGAGACCCCCACACGCGUGUGCUCGCCUCGCCUCCCCUGUCCCCACACCUCCCUUCGGAGGCGCCCCCUGCCCACGGAUGAGAAACGGGAGGACGACAACAGCGGCUUCUGGUCCCAGGCGCCGUCGCCUCGCGGUGACAUCUUUAUUUCCAGCCACUUUGAAUGCCUGUGUCAGCCGUGGGCACUCGCUGCCAGCAUCCAGCCACGUGUAGCACGGUCAGGAGAUGCGAGUGAUUUCUGGGGGGAUGAACCAAGGCCUUGAUCUUUCUCCCUUGCCGUGUUUGGCUUUAGAAGUUGUUUUGCACUUGUAUUUGGGGAGGAGGAGAGACUUUUGAUCAACAGCUGCGCUUGUGCAACCUCAGGAAGGGCUGCGGUUAGAGCUGGUCAUGGAAGGCAGGAAGAAAAUCCUCGGCUGCCUCCUGUUUCCGACGCUCGGGGCUCCAGAGAGGUCCCUUUGUGCCAUCCGGCUGGAGCGACGCUGUUCUGUUCUCCUAAAUGUGGAACUGAUCACAGGUGAAUUGAUCUUUUUCUUGGCUUCAAACUCCUGGAGCAGCUCCAUAACCAGCCCAUGGGAUGCUGUUCCUCUGACUGCCAAGCGGAUUGCUUCAUUUGCCUCCUCUCCCUGAGGAUUGUUCUCUGCCUGGGCGAAGGUUUCCAGCCAGGUGCUGACAGCGAGGCCUGUCCUCUCCUCUCGUUGUUGGGCAUCCACACAGGCCCGUGGCUGCAAGUCAAACUGCAAAGCCUUUCUGGCAUUGCCUCCUAGUUCAGUGGCUUGAAUUUAAUUUCCAUUUCCACUCCCUCUGCCAGCAGAGGAAGGUCCUGCCCCAGCCACGCAGGUCUCACAUGGACAGCAUGUGGGAGACGCUGCAGCUUCAGACACAGAAAGCACAGCUGCCUAUGGGGGCCUUCCCAAACUCCUCUCCCACUCCUCCCAGCAGUGCCUGAACUGGGAAGGCCUCAGAGGCUUUCUUUGAUUCCUGCAGCCAUAGAAUCAUAAAAUCAACCAGGUUAGAAGAGACCUUCAAGCUCCUCCAGCCCAACCUAGCACCCAGCCCUAUCCAGUCAACCAGACCAUGGCACUAAGUGCCUCAUCCAGGCUUUUCUUGAAGACCUCAAGGGACGGUGCCUCCACCACCUCCCUGGGCAGCCCAUUCCAAUGCCAAUCACUCUCUCUGUGAAGAACUUCCUCCUAACAUCCAGCCUAGACCUGCCCCGGCACAACUUGAGAAGUGUCUCGGCACGGCUGGCAGUCUUUGAGCCCCCUCCCUGCUGACACAGCCUGUCCCAGCUGCACGUCGCCAGUGCCUGCAGCCCAGAGAUAAGAUGAAGUCCUGCUCUUCCUCCUUGCUUUAAAGCCCCUGUGCUCCGCUCUGUAGCCCUGCCCUCAGCUGCACACACAUCAGGUCAGCACUAAAGCUUCACAGCCAAACAGGGUCCCAGUCCAACCCUGUUGCAGAAUGGGCCUGUGGGGUUAGGCCAGCCUGGGGCAGGGAUAAAUUUGGGCACCUCCUGUAGCCUUUGCUCCUCCUCCCUUCCCUGCAGGGCUGUGCAGCUCCCCCUGUGCUGUGCUGCUCAGCCCAGGUGAAGAGCAGCCCUUGGAGCUGCUGGGUGAGCAGGGUCAGCAGCCAUGCAGCUCCUGGGUCGGGUACGGAGCCUGGCACUGGAGCUGGAGGACAGGUGCCAGCGGGGUGCCUACGGCAGCGGGGAGCUGCUGCACGGCUGGGUGCGGCUGGAGCUGCGGGGGGCACUGCGGCUGCGGGCACUGGAGGUCUGCGCAUGGGGCCGUGCCGCAGUGCACUGGCUGGAGAGCUCCAUCGUGGGGUUCAACGUCAUCUACCACGACUACACAGCCUACCAGACCUUCCUGCACCGCCACUGCCAGCUCAUCGCCGACAAUGGUGAGGUCACCGUGCUGCCGGCAGGAAGACACGAGUUCCCCUUCACCUUCCAGCUGCCCGAGACCCUGGCAACCUCCUUCGAGGGAAAGCAUGGCAGUGUGCGCUACUGGGUGAAAGCCAAACUGCACAGACCAUGGUCAGCAGUGAAGAAGGUGAAGAAGGAGUUCACUGUGAUUGAACCCAUCGACAUCAACACUCCUGCGCUGCUGGCUCCUCAGGCAGGUGCUAAGGAGAAACUUGCUCGUGCUUGGUACUGCAAUCGUGGCCAAGUUUCUGUGACUGCCAAGAUCGACCGAAAAGGCUAUACCCCAGGUGAGUUCAUCCCCAUCUUCGCUGAGAUCGACAACUGCACGAGCCGAGCGGUGGUGCCCAAGGUGGCCAUCAUCCAGACUCAGACCUUCGUGGCUCGGGGCACCAAGAAGCAGAAGAAGCUGGUGGUGACCAGCAUCGUUGGUGACUCCAUUGCAGCGGGCAAGCGGGAAGUGUGGCACGGGCGGGCGCUGAAGAUCCCCCCGGUGGCUCCAUCCAUCCUCCAGUGCCGCAUCAUCCAGGUGGAAUACUCCCUAAAGGUUUGUGUGGACAUUCCUGGGACGUCCAAGCUGCUCUUGGAGCUGCCACUCGUCAUUGGCACCAUCCCACUGCAUCCCUUCGGCAGCCGCACGUCGAGCGUCAGCAGCCAGUACAGUGUCAGCCUGGAUUGGCUGAGCACCAUCCCGGAGCAGCCAGAGGCUCCUCCUGAGUACUCCUCAGUUGUGUCCAGCCCAGAGGCGGAGCAAAGCCUCGCUCCGCCGUGCCGCAGCGAGCUCGGUGGCAUCCUGGAGGGUCCUUUCUUCGCCUACAUCCAGGAAUUUCGCUUCCGGCCCCCUCCGCUGUAUUCGGAGAUUGAUCCAAACCCUCCUUCAGACCACAUCCGCCCACGCUGCAUGACCUGUUGAGAGAAGCGCAUCGGAUGCGGCUGACAGUGUGGUGAUCCCUUGGGAUGGAAGCUUGCACCCUCGCAGCACUGGCCUGGAAAUGGGCACACGGUGGAUGCAAGACCAGAGCUCCUGCAAGGCCAAGACCCUGGCUCUGCUCACUGCCCUCAGCCACCCAUGACUGUCUCCAGGACUGAGACUGAGCCUGCCGUGGUGGAGUUGUGCAUGGUAGGAGAGCACAGAAGAGCCUUCAGCACAGAGCAGCUCCAUGUGUGGUUGGACAGGAUGUGGAGGGUUAAUAACUGCCCCAUGAUGCUGGACUUCAAAGGGGGGUCUUUGCUCUCCCCUUUUCUGCAGUGGCUGUGCUCUGGCAGCUCCUGUCAUGGUAGACAGGAGCUUGGAGAGGGUUUUUUUUUUAGGGUUCCUGGAGGAUGUUUCCAUUUCGCUUGGGUUUGAGUCCCUUGGUGCUGGAGGUGUAGCCCUUCUGUAGCAGCUCAGCAGGACUGCAGCUUCCUAGAGGAGUGAAAGGCCUUUUUCUGGGCAGAUGAAGCAGAGACUUUGUCUGCUGCUGAUUCAUCUCUGACCACCACAAGCCUGGUGAUGCUUGCAGGAGGAAUGGUUUGAGCUGGCCCACCAAAUCUGUAAAGGCUUCCACGUUCUGUUACCAGGGCAAAGGACUUUCACUUAUGGUCUGUGGCAGUGUUUAGGUGCCACAGAGAACAGGACACCUGGGUCCUGUGUGUUGGCACCACACCUACCCAAUGUGCUGCUGCCUCCCCUGUAAUGGGGCUGAUAACCAGCACCCAAAGUACAGUACCCACCAUGGGAGUUUGGAGCUGUGGCUCUGGCAUCUUGCUGGUGGCCAAAGCCAUGGUAAGGAAGUCUGAUCUGGGGCUGGUGACAGCCAAAAAUGGGAGAUGUGGAGUUGAAGAGUCCUUCAGGACCAGGAGCUUGAUCCUGUGCCUGUAGAAGGGUUGGUGGCCCUGGUAUGAUGAGGGCACAGCAGUACCCUGUGCUGACUGGUGUAGUCCUGCUCACUCCAGCAUGACCUGAGCAGGGUUUGGGUGCUGAGGACUUUUGCAUUCCCUCACUGAGCCAGUCCUGCCCUCGGGGCUGUCGGUGUCUGCCUGGCUGGGGCCACGCUCCGCUGGCAGCUUGCUCAGGUGAGUUUUGUUUUCUAGCUGUGAACACUUUUGUAAGGACCACUCUUGUCUGUUCCUUUUGUACCACUUUUUGCUGGGGAAUCUUUGUUCCAAAUAAAUUCUUUACACCCAGA